ACAGGUGUGAUGAAUAACCAAAUUAGUACUUGUGUAGUAUAAUAUACCCUUUAAACUGGUGUAUUGACAGCGUUUUGAAGGGCGUCACAGUGGACCUUCUGCCGUCCUGUUUGGACCGCUCUUGUUUGACUUUCCUUUGUAUUUUACAAUCUGUCCCUCUCCUGCAUCCCUCUGCCUCCGCGAGCCCGCCCGUGUGAUUGAAAGGAUGCUGCGUCCAACCACAUGACCGGGACUCGCCCUCAACGAGCGCAGCAGCCAGUCAGCAGCCACCAUGCAAAUGUGUUGGCAGGAGAGACGCAGCGGUUCAUUCAUUCUGCGAGAGAAACACGCACAGAGGCGAGUGACGGCGGAAUAUUGUCUUCCAAGAAGGAGGAGCUGCUGUGGAGCAAAACAUAACAGUGGAAACAGCCGCCGGGAAGCAGAACACACGAUUUUUAUUCAAAUACCCAAAGGAGCGUUUUUUUCCUUUUAAUUAUUACAAGGAGAGUGAAUUCAUCAUGGGAAAACACAACAGCAAGCUGGCUCCAGAAGUCCUGGAUGACCUGACCAAGAACACGGAGUUCAACGAAGCAGAACUCAAGCAGUGGUACAAAGGCUUCCUCAAAGACUGUCCCUCUGGCAUCCUCAACCUGGAGGAGUUCCAGCAGCUCUACGUUAAGUUUUUCCCAUAUGGCGACGCCUCCAAGUUUGCCCAGCACGCUUUUCGGACGUUUGACAAGAACGGUGAUGGGACCAUUGACUUCAGGGAGUUCAUUUGUGCCCUGUCCAUCACAUCCAGAGGCAGCUUUGAGCAGAAACUCAACUGGGCCUUCAACAUGUACGACCUCGACGGGGAUGGAAAGAUCACACGCAUGGAGAUGCUGGAGAUCAUAGAGGCCAUCUACAAGAUGGUGGGCACGGUGAUCAUGAUGCGCAUGAACGAGGACGGGUUGACCCCUCAGCAGCGCGUGGACAAAAUCUUCUCCAAGAUGGACAAGGAUCACAACGACGAGAUCACUCUGGAGGAGUUCAAAGAGGCGGCCAAAUCUGACCCGUCCAUCGUCUUACUGCUGCAGUGUGAUGUGCAGAAGUAGAAAAGGAGGGGGCGGAGACACGGCGGGAGGGAGAUGUUGAGAUAUAGCAGAGGGGGGGAGACAAUCGGGGAGGUGUUGAACUGAAGCUGAAAGGAAGGGAAAAAAAAUGAUGAGAAAAGACAUGCAGAGAGAAGAUGGGGGAGCAGAUGAGGGAGAAGGAGGAGGAGGUCACAGGUAGAGAAAUAUUUUUUAAAUCCUUUAUAAACUCAAAUGGAACCGUGUUUGAAACAAUGUAAAACUUAAAUUGUCUUGACAACCCCUUUAUGUAACUCACUGCAGCACUUCUGUUACGCGUGUUAAGAUGUGAAAAAAAAAAAAAAAAACAGACACCGCAGCAUCUUUAUGAACGCACUGAAUAAUAGUAGAACACCUCACAGGAGAAAUACACUCUGCCAAGGUGUCACUCUCACUCCAACACCGUUAGGUGAGUAUUGUAAUCUACGGAACAGUACGCUACGAUGUGUUAGCACUCCCUCAACUCUCAUUCUUCUUGCAUUAAGUCUGCUGUUAAGUAAUUUAAAUUCAUAUUUUACAUCCAUUUCAGUUAGUUUUUUUUUGUCAACUUUUCACGCUUCGUUUAAAAGCUUUUCAUUUUCACAGUCUGAAAAAACUCCUGGCUCGAGAGCCACUUUCAACCCUCGGACUACCCACAUGUGGCCCGCAUCUAAAUUUCAGUAUAAUGUAAUUGGACCCCCAGCUGUUAGUUUUUGGCCCUUCAAUGAGACGACGGGGCAACAGUAGAACAAGAAACAACACCAGAAAUUGAGCGUUUGCUCCCUUAAAUGUAAUAUAUAUAUCAAAAAGACCACCUCUGAUUGUCGACUGUUGAGGUCAUACAGUUCCUCGGCAAGAAAAUUCACAGCCAAUCAUAGGUGUGUGACAGAUUACAGCCAGCUGUCCAGAUGCUACACCCUGAGUGUGAGGCAGUGCUGCUGAUUAAUGUCUCCGAUGGCUCCACCCAGCUGUCGGGUGAGGCAUACUGAUGUGCUGGUCAGUGACUUCUGGCUGCAUCCAAUCCAUGCAUACUAACAGGAUCGAUAACUCAUGUAAUUACAUGUGUUCCAUUUAGAGGGGCUGUGGCAGUGCUGAGGUGGUUAGCAUUGUCGCUCACAGCAGGACGAGCACAUCUCUGCGUCCCAGUUAUUACCGGCACUGCUUGGUCGUGAUCUCAGAUUAUCAGGCUGAACCAUAACUUUGCUGGAAGAAGGUAGUGCUUCUUUAUAAAAAUGGUAUAUUUUAAGGAUAGUAAAGCAGUGAGCCUCUAGGGGGAGACUAGUUGCGAAUAUAGAUACACUUAUAGAUUAUAUUAAAACUGGCACAACUCCAUCUGAAGUUAAUUUCAAAGACAUUUCCCUGUCAUGGGGUGUUAAAACUUGGACACGGUCGUGUGUUUUUAAUGUAGUCCAGAAUGCAAGUCUGGUGUUUGUGUGUUCAAGAAGAAGCAGAAAUAGAUUACAAAUGCAGAUGCUCCAUGGUCUUGUAUCUGCGUGAGCAGCAAUUAGAGGCACACCAUACUACAACAUUGUGAUCUGGGCCUGAUCUCAGGACAGUAAUUACAGGCCACAUACUCCGCACAAAGGCCAGAUCUGCCUCCAUGAAAAGCCGAAAUGACCGGCUCUCCUCGUCCUCUCCAGCAGACCUUCUUCCCCCACCCUUUGUCUUCCUCCUCCCUAAAUGUCAGAGAGGAAAUGCUUUGAUAAUAGGUGGAGGUAGAGGAACUUUGCUGAACUCAGCUCAGAUCUAAAAUCAAUGUGAAAAAGAGCAAACGGUUGAAAAGAAAGCUUGGUCCGAGCGAGCUCGCGCGUGCGUGUGUGUGUGUGUGUUAAAGAAGAUGAAAGAAGCUUAUUCCAUCAGUGAAUUUAAAGAGCUAGAUAAUUACCGAAACCUCUCGGUUCUUAAAAUGGAUUCUUAAAAUGAUUGAUGAUAUUUAAAAUUAAAUGAAAAUAAUACCACAAACUCAGGUUCAGAUCUGUAAUGGGAGUUAAUGUGGUUUAAUUUCUCCUUUAAGCCAUUAUUAUGCUAAUGGAGUUGAAUGGAAAAUGGACAACAAAGCACCGUCUUUGUUUUUCCUAACAGAAUAAAGUACUUUCAUUUGUUUACAUUCAGAAUAUCCAACACGCCAUUAGCGCAGAUGCGCUAACCUAACCCAGCCUCUCCCCUCCCUUCAAGCCGUUCAACCUCCGUCUUAUGACCGGUGCACGUUGUUUUCAUCAGUAUUCUCUUUGAAACAGUUUAAAGAAAAAUCCCACUUCUCUCCUGCUUCCGUUCUGACUUCUCUCCUCCUCCUCUCUCACUCGCAGAGCGAGCCUCCUCGGUGUGAUUAUGUACAAAUAAAACAACAUGUAUAUUACAAUAGCACUGUAAUCGUAUUUAUGAAUAUAAAACAAAACUGUAAAUGUUAUUGUAAAACUAGCUUAGACCUGAUCUCAUAACGUUACCAACUAUACUGAGUGUGUGUGUGUGUGUGUGUGUGCGUGUGUGGGCUGUUUGUUACCUAAGUGACUUGUUUGAACAUCGAUGAACACAAGUGAAUUAAACUCUGUUCUUGUAAAGCUAUUUAUUUUUGAAGGGAACGUCUCGCUUUUCUCGUGCAGAUCUGCUUCUUUUUACAUUGUUUGAAUAAAUUAAAUGUAAGUAAAAUCUGUGACACAUGCUAAAAUGAUCUUUUUUUUAACAAACGAGGAAACAAAAUGAAUAAGAAAACAGACCUAUGGAAGCUCAAUAACCAACACUGCACUUCCUCUAAAACAAUUACAUUCUAAAUGGUAAACAUGUAAAUGGUUCAUUUACUUGUCAAUAUAAUGAGGAAAACACAGGGUUGAGGGAGCAACAUUGCCCCAUGUUUACCCGACAUUUUGAACUUUUGU